AUGGUGCAGCGGCUAACUUAUCGAAAGAGGCACAGUUACGCCACCAAGUCCAACCAAACUAGGGUUGUUAAGACUCCAGGCGGCAGGCUUGUGUAUCAGUAUACGAAGAAGAGAGCAAGUGGCCCAAAAUGUCCUAUAACUGGAAAGAAAAUUAUUGGGAUUCCUCACUUGAGACCAGCUGAAUACAAAAGAAGUAGAUUAGCAAGGAAUCGUAGGACAGUUCAUCGUGCUUAUGGCGGGGUUCUAUCUUGUGGAGCCGUCCGAGAAAGGAUUAUCCGAGCAUUUUUGGUAGAGGAGCAGAAGAUUGUGAAGAAGGUUCUGAAAAUCCAAAAAGCUAAAGAAAAACAGUCUGCAAAGAGUUAA